GAACCGGCAAACGUGCGCUCGUGUAACCGCUUCGUACCCGGUUUGGAGCGCUUGCGACAUAGUUUAGGCAUUCAAUAAAAAAUAAAGAAAAUAAGGAAAAACAAACAAACACGGAAACAUUUUAUUUAUUUACACUGAGCGGUGUUUUUGUGAAACGGCGAGUGUUCAGUAAAUUCGAGGCGCGUGUGCGCGUGCGCGCGCGUUUCACUCACCUGUCGACUAUAAUGAGGAAGUGCGUCUUGUCAGUAAAAGCCAUUUCCGCCAAUGGCAACUUUUAACGCCGCGUUUUUCUUCCAAAAAAAAGUGUGUACGCGUUUUAUUUCGUAAAAAAAAAAUCGAUAUCGAUUAAGAUUGAGGGGGCAAAGGAGUGAGAUUUAAAUACAUCAGCAGAAGUGAGUGAAGUGAAGCAGACCUUGUGGAGAUGGGUGAAUUGUUGGAGGCCCCUGCUAACAGCACUUUAACGAAGUAUUCAGAGAGCAGCAAGAGCUCUUCAGACUCUCGUUCACUGUUGCUGUCCAACAUUUCUUACAUGCCAAACAUGACCGUAGUCAUAUCAGAGAACGGGACUCUGGUGGAGGACGAGAUCUUUCUCAACACAGUUACUGCUCAGGCCCUCUCAGGGAUAUUUGUUUGGUCUGCGCUGCUCAUCACAUGUCACCAGAUCUACUCGCACCUGAGGUCCUACACUGUGCCGAACGAGCAGCGCUACAUCAUCCGCAUCCUCUUCAUCGUUCCCAUUUACGCCUUCGACUCCUGGCUCAGCCUCCUCUUCAUCAGCAAUGACCAGUACUACGUCUACUUUGACUCCAUCCGUGACUGCUAUGAAGCUUUUGUAAUCUACAACUUUUUGAGCCUGUCCUUCGAGUAUCUAGGAGGAGAGAGUGCCAUCAUGGCUGAAAUACGAGGAAAACCCAUUCCGUCAAGCUGCAUGUAUGGCACCUGCUGUCUGUCAGGAAUGAGCUACUCUAUCGGCUUCUUAAGAUUCUGCAAACAGGCCACGCUUCAGUUCUGUGUGGUGAAGCCCAUCAUGGCCAUCAUCACGAUCUUCCUACAAGCCUUUGGCAAAUAUCACGAUGGAGAUUUUAAUGUGAACGGAGGCUACCUCUACAUUACAAUCAUCUACAACAUUUCUGUGAGUCUGUCCCUCUAUGCCCUGUUCCUCUUCUUCUCUGCUACCAGUGACCUUCUGAGGCCUUUUGAACCUGUACUGAAGUUCCUGACCAUCAAAUCUGUCAUCUUCCUCUCCUUUUGGCAAGGCAUGGUCCUGGCUAUUCUGGAGCGCUGUGGCGUGAUCCCAGAAGCACUAGUUAUAGACGGGCACGAGGUGGGCGCAGGCACAGUAGCGGCCGGCUGGCAGAAUUUCAUCAAUUGCAUCGAAAUGUUCUUUGCUGCUAUCGCACUCCGUUAUGCCUUCACGUACAACGUUUACCAGGAGAAGAAGAGCCAAGCUCCAGAUAAUGUCGCCUCCAUGCACAGCAUCUCCAGCGGACUAAAAGAGACCAUCAACCCUGGAGACAUGGUGCAGGAUGCCAUCCACAACUUCUCUCCAGCCUACCAGCAGUACACGCAGCAGUCCACGCAGGAGGUGGUGCAGCCGAGUCAGAAUGGCAAGGUGGGCCCGGCCAUCAGCAAGAACCAGAAGAAAUCUGAUAAAAUCACCCUGAUCGACACGGAUGAUGAGUUUUAAAACCGAGCAGGGUCCCGUGUGACUCCUGACCGUGUUACUUCAUGAGAUAAGUGUAAAGGAGGCGUUCAGAAAAUUCGCACUGUUCGGAGGAGUCACUUCACAGAGCACCUCUUUUGAAGUAUUUGCUCAGCGGCCCUCGGCUUCCGUCUCCUGAUGAACGGAAGAGUCUCUCAAAGACAUUGUGGUUUUGGAGCACCGCACUUCAAACUGUUUACCUCGGCCCUUUGAAACACUUCAUAUCUCCUGCAUCAAGGACACAAUGAAUGGCAUGAGAACUUUUCCUGCCUGGUAGGGAAGCUUUGUAAUGUUUCUUACCUUACACUCUUCGCCUUCUCUAAUCCUGAAAACUUCUGCAGUCUUAAACCAUAAAUUAAAGCGAGCUGUGUUUUUUUUUAAAUUGUAAAUAAUUUGUAUAUAAUUUAGUUGCACAGGUGAUGAUGGGAAUGUUGAGGUUAAUAUAUUGUUAUUGUAAAGGAAAUAGUUGUUUGUUGGAUUGAUUAAUAUCCAGUGGUGGUGUUUCAUGGUCACUUUUUUUUUCCAUGCUAAUAUUUUUAAAUCCUUUUUAAAAGAUCAUUAACCUGAACAGAUUGUAUUUUCUUAAACGACCAGUAUAUUGAGUGACGCUUCUUUUCGCCAUCUUCAACAGACUCAAAUCAUUAAGUUAUUAUUCACAGCUGCACCAUUACGAGCGAAGUUAUAAAAGCAGUUAUUUCUAAAACUUCCUGUUCAAGUUUUGGAUUAAUUGUAUUGUCUCACAAGGUCUUGUCACAUAUAUACAUACCAUCCUUUAAAUUCAGCCACUGUUUGAGGAUCAUUUUAGGAUUUGAAUAAAGUUUAAUACUCGCAUUGUAUGAAAUAAAACAGAUUAAAGUGAAGGAUAUUUAUAAGGGGGGUUGUUUUUUAAAGCCUUUUCUUCUGUCGUGAUAUAAUUAUCUUGUAAUGACCUUUAUAAUAAAUCACUUACACUUAUUUAAUGAAGAAGCUUUAUUUAAAAGUACAAAAUGCACACUGCGACUUAUGUACAGGAAUAAUUUACUUUUCUUAUAUUCAGCCAGAGUGGGGGAAAAAAGAGCAAGUUUAUUUGUACAUGAGGGUAGUUCACUGAAAGAAAGUAAAUAAAGGAAAGUAUAUACAAUAAUUUAAAAUUUAAAAUUUAAAAUAAAUAUUAACUUUCAAGUGUAAUAGAUAUACAGAGAUUUCGGUAAUGGUGUAAAUCAGACCCUUUCUCUAAGUCUAGGUUUCGCUGCCUUUCACAUCUGUAUUUACAAUCGCUGUUCAGAUUUACACCUCAGGAAACUUUCCAAAACUUUAGUCGUGUGGUUGAUUUUAUUUAAAUAAACCACUACAUUAUCCUUUACUACAAUA